CUCACAGACAUUAGACCGGCUGAACAAUUUGUGUAGAGAAAGAAGAGUUUAAAAGAGGAGUUUUAAUCAUGUCUCACCCUGCCAUAAGCCCCAAUAAGAUACGCAGAGUUGACCCACAGGAUGGCGCAGAUGGUGGACUAGUUCAUCAGGAAAUUAUUGAUGAGAUCGACCAAGUGCAGAACCAUAUAGACUCGCUGAACGAAGAGGCAUCAGAAGAGAUUCUAAAAGUUGAACAGAAGUACAAUAGCAAAAGAAAACCGCAUUUUGAAAAGAGGACAAGUUUGAUCAGGAAAAUACCACACUUCUGGGUAACAGUUUUUUCAAACCAUCCUCAAACACAGGCUUUACUUGACGAAGAAGACGAAUCAGCUUUAUAUUACAUGACAUCUUUAGAAGUAGAGGAAUUUGAAGACAUAAAAUCUGGCUACAAAAUUAAAUUUGGUUUUGAUGAAAAUCCUUAUUUUGAAAACACUGUUAUUUCAAAAGAGUUUAUUCUUAAUGAGAAUGGCGAACAAUCAUCAAGAUCUACACCUAUCAUAUGGAAAACUGGCAUGGAUUUAACACAAAGAUACAACCAGCUUGAUAUGAUGAAAGGACGCAAACGAGAACAUCAACCAGAGAGCUUUUUCAGCUGGUUUGCUGAUUUGGCAGAUUCAACUGAUGAACUAGGAGAAGUCAUUAAAGAUGAUAUUUGGCCAAAUCCUUUACAAUAUUACCUGGGUCCUGAAGUACAAAUGGAAGCAGGGAAUGACGAGGAAGAUGAUGACGAUGUUGAUGAAGAUGAGGAUGAAGAGGAUGAAGGUUCUGAGGGACAGGAAGAUGAUGAUGAUGUUGUGGUCGUGGAGGGAGAUGAGGAAGACUAUGAAGAUGAUGAUGAUGAUGAAGAGGAAGUUGAGGAAGAAGAAGUAAUAGAAGAGGAAGGUGGAGAUGAGGAUUUUGGGGAAGAAGAUGUUGUUUAUGAAGAAGAUGAUGAAGAUGUCGAGGGUGAGGAGGAGGAGGAAGAAGCAGCUCCAGGAGCUACAUCUCAGGCAAAGACAGAAAAGCAACUUCUUGAAGAUGAUGAUGAUGAAGCYGAGGAAGAUGAAGAUGAAGAAGAUGAUAAAAUAGAAGGGGAUGAGCAGGGUGAAGAACACUUUGAGGACUGAUCAUUCAGACCACACAUGUAAUUAACUUUCUUUACUGUACAGUCUAUUAAUGGUGAAUAACAAGAGCAGCAUCAUUGCAUACAUUCAAGCAAAAUAGGUUUCAACUGCAUCAGAAGUCACAGCCAACUUCUCUUGACAAAACUGUCUAUUUUCCUUUCUAAGUUUUUGUCAUUUCAUUACAAAGUUAGACAAAUUUUUGCUUGAUUUAUGUCAUUUUUAUGUAACAUUAUUUGCUAAAUUCAUGCAUUUGAGCUAAAUUUGCUGUUUUGCUUGAUUUCUGACAAUUUUCUUUCAUUCAUGUACAUUAUUUUAAAAUGUACAACUUUAAAUUGCUGCUCUUAAAUAAUACCAGACUGUAAUAAUAUUAUUGGUGUGUUUUUAUACCUACACAAAACUGAACAGAACAGAUUUCGCACCUUAUUCUUGGCCAUCUUGCCAUAUUUGAGUAUAAUUUCUGAUUGUUUCAAUGGAAGUUUUCAACAAUAACAGAACUGUUAUGUGACAUGAUUUCUCAACCUGCUGUGCAGUAUCAUGCUGUACAAUAAUCUAAAAAGAUAAUAUACUAAAAAAUUAUUUGUUCUUAACCAGAACUAUUUUCUGCCAACAAGAAGGAUCCUGCUAGUUUUCACUUAUAAUGAUAUGAUAAAUGUGCAGUAUUGUUCGUCAUGUUUAUACCUCUUUUUCAGUAAUGAAAGUAGGCCUCUCUAAUCUUCCAAAAAAGAAAACUACUUCUGUUAAAAACUCUCACAUUUUCCCUACAAUCUUCUGCAAGCAACCUCUUCAAGUACACUGUAUUUCUCAUAGAUAGUUGCUUACAAAAGAUUCCACAGGAUACAUGAAUCUUUAAAUAAUCUUCUGUGGUUCUUAGAACUAAAAUUGUCUAUCACCAAUGCUUUACAUCUUUGAUUUACAAUAUCUUGUCCUUAUAAAAAUAUAAAACGUAGAAUAUAAUUUAUUUGAAGAUUUAAUUAGCUGUUAAAAAAGAAUCCUUGUCAUACUGUUUGAACUGUAAAGCAUAAUGGUAAACAAUUUGUGUUUAUAAUUCCCUAUAUACACAUAGUACUUAGCAAAAGAGCUUUUAUACAUGAAAACAGGAUGUAUGUUUGUAAGAAGCCUCGUUAUUAGAAGGCUAUUUUUAUAUGCUUAGCUUGUUCCCAUUGGAACUAUGGUCACUACUAGUACUCUAUACAUAAUCACGUUAAACUUACUGUCAAAUACUAGCUUUGUUUGGAUGUAUAAACAAUAAACCAUAUAGUUUUUCUCAAGA